AGAAAAUACGAAGAAGAAAAAAUUAGUUUAAGAUUUGGGAAAAAAAGGAAACGUCCAUCUUCCACCCCUCUCAUCAAACAGCGCCCGAACCCCGUACCUCAGUCUACUUCUCCGGCGACACUCCGGCACUACAGGCGUAAGGCAAGCGACGACUGGAGCCCACACCCACGCAAACGCCCAGCUCUGUAGUCGACGACGCUCUACGUUCAAUCGGCAACCUGACUUGCAUUGUGAGCACGACUCCGAACCACUUCGCCUAGGCUUUCGAAGCAUUGUUUUUUCUCCGUUUGAGACUCCAACGAGAACAACAAGUUGUGCAUCACGUUUCCGACGUCUGGGUUUCUUGCAGCAGCAUUUUUGGCUUGGGCGUAAGGUUUUUGCGGCUGUUAUCCACACUCUGAUUGGCUUCAAACUAGUGUGCCUAUAACGUUUAAGGUUCAGUUCUACAAGUUCGGACGUUUUAGGACACCAAACAGCAAGGGUUAGACCUUCUUGGGGGUCCUCAUCGUUUAUUGAUACCUAAGGAAAAUCAAAGGUACCAGAAGAGGUAGUUGUAUUAAGUUGUGUGUUCAGAUUUGGCGAUGAGGAGGAAUGAUAAGAUGGGGCUGGGUCGGGCUCUUGUCAAGCAACAUAACCAAAUGAUCCAACAGUCUAAGGAGAAAGGUAGAUUCUACAAAUCUCAGCAGAAGAAGGUUUUGGAGUCGGUCACAGAGGUCAGCGACAUUGAUGCCGUUAUCCAACAAGCAGAUGAGGCAGAGCGCCUCUUUUCCAUUGAUAACCCUACUCCAAACUUUCUUAUCAACUUGGAUGGAAGUUCGAGUGUAAGUGAAAUGACUCUUGUGGAAAGGAGAGAUCAACAAAAGAUAGAGGAGGCUUUGCAUGCUAGCAGUCUACGAGUUCCACGUAGGCCACCCUGGAACGCUAGGAUGUCUGCAGAGGAGCUUGAUGAUAAUGAACGUCAGUCUUUCUUAAUAUGGCGUCGGAGCCUUGCAAGGCUUGAGGGGAAUGAAAAUCUUGUUCUUACGCCAUUUGAGAAAAACUUAGAUAUAUGGAGACAGCUUUGGCGGGUUGUUGAGCGAUGUGAUUUGCUCGUGAUGGUCGUUGAUGCUCGAGACCCUUUAUUCUACCGUUGCCCUGACUUGGAGGCAUAUGCAAGAGAGGUUGAUCAGCACAAAAGGACAAUGCUUCUUGUUAACAAGGCAGAUCUGCUGCCUUACUCUGUCAGGAAGAAAUGGGCAGAAUUUUUCAAUCAGCAUGAGAUAUUAUACUUGUUUUGGUCUGCUAAAGCUGCUUCUGCCACUCUGGAAGGGAGAAAACUUGGCAGCGGAUGGAAUACAAAUGAACCCCAGAAUGGUGUGGAUGAUCCUGAUACAAAAAUAUAUGCUCGGGAUGAGCUUCUGUCUCGUUUACAGUAUGAGGCUGAACGGAUUGUCGAGAGGAGGGCAUCAAGCCGGUCAGAUAAUCUUUCUCUGGAAGGAUGUAUGAAUGAGAAAUCGUCAGGUAGCGUCAUGGUGGGAUUUGUUGGGUACCCAAAUGUGGGUAAGAGCUCAACAAUUAAUGCUUUAGUUGGCCAAAAAAGAGCAGGAGUCACCUCCACUCCUGGGAAGACAAAGCACUUCCAAACAUUGAUUAUUUCUGACAAGCUUACGCUAUGUGAUUGCCCUGGUUUAGUGUUUCCUUCAUUUUCAAGCUCGAGAUAUGAAAUGAUUGCUUAUGGAGUAUUGCCCAUUGAUCGAAUGACGGAGCACAGAGAGGCUGUUCAGGUCGUUGCCAAUCGAGUCCCAAGGCAUGUGAUUGAGGAUGUGUACAAGAUCACUUUGCCAAAACCAAAACCUUAUGAGCCACAGUCUCGACCCCCCCUAGCAUCAGAACUUUUGAAGGCAUAUUGCGUCUCUCGUGGUUAUGUUGCAUCGAGUGGGCUGCCUGAUGAAACUAGAGCUUCCCGCCAAAUUUUGAAGGAUUAUGUUGAUGGAAAGAUUCCCCACCAUGAAUUGCCCCCAGGAAUGCUCAAAGAAGAUCAUAUUCAGGAAGAAGAUGCUAGGUCGUUCGAGCUCUCUGAUACACAUGAUUCAGACUCAGAUGAUGUUGAAGACUCAAACAUGGAUGGUGAAAGUGCCCCUGGUUUUGAACAGGUGGUUGACUAUCUUGAUUCGUUUGACAUAGCUAAUGGACUUGCCAAGCCAAGCAUCACCGAAAAGAAGCCUAAGGCAUCUCAUAAACAGCACAAGAAGCCACAGAGAAAAAAAGAUCGAUCAUGGCGGGUCGGAAAUGAUGGUGGUGAUGGUAUGCCUGCAGUGAGAGUCUUGCAAAAGCCAAUAAACUCAGGCACCCUGAAAGCAGUUCUAUGACGUUAGUUGAUGUAUCUACAUGAACUUUAAAGGCCGAGUCUUGCAUCUUAUUAAUUUAGAUACAUUCAAGGGAGGAGAAACAAGUUAGAAUGAAAAUACAAAUGGUAAAAUCAAGGAUGUGCAUUUUUCCCAAACUAAGCACAAACGGGUGGUGUAUAUUAUUGCUGUUUUUUCAUGGGUUGUAGAAUUUAUUUCAGGUUAUAUGGAGGCCAUUGUUAUUUUUCUUUUUGAAUGUUACCCACUUUUUGUAGGUUUUCUGUAAUCUCUAGCAAUGGUUUCUCUUUUCUUGAAGGGAUGGAAAUGCAUUCCUUCCUUUUGAAGGGGAUUCUAACAAUGAUGAGUAUCAGUGUUUUCAAAAAUUUUAUA